CCACACCUCAGCCCCCGCCGCAGGACUCAUGAAUAUGCAAGCAACAGGAACAUAUUUAAAGACGCCGGUGGCACGCUCUGAUUCCUGCACCACGCCGCCCACCCACCCGGUACCAUUCCUUAUUCUGAGGUUUGGCCUCUUUCGCCCGAGUCCAUCACUGUGUGCGGAAGUGUCGCCAGCAUGUCUGACAAACUGCCCUACAAAGUCGCGGACAUCAGCCUGGCUGCCUGGGGACGAAAGGCUCUGGAUAUCGCAGAGAAUGAAAUGCCAGGCUUGAUGCGCAUGCGGGAGAUGUACUCUGCCUCCAAGCCAUUGAAGGGUGCCCGCAUUGCUGGCUGUCUGCAUAUGACCGUGGAGACUGCUGUUCUCAUCGAGACCCUGGUUGCCCUGGGUGCUGAGGUGCAGUGGUCCAGCUGCAACAUCUUCUCCACGCAGGACCACGCGGCUGCUGCCAUCGCCAAGGCUGGCAUCCCAGUGUACGCUUGGAAGGGUGAAACAGACGAGGAGUACCUGUGGUGCAUCGAGCAGACUUUGUACUUCAAGGAUGGGCCCCUCAACAUGAUUCUGGAUGAUGGCGGUGACCUUACCAACCUCAUUCACACUAAGUACCCACAGCUUUUGUCGGGCAUCCGAGGCAUUUCUGAGGAAACCACGACUGGGGUCCACAACCUAUACAAGAUGAUGGCCAAGGGGAUACUGAAGGUGCCUGCCAUCAAUGUCAAUGACUCUGUCACCAAGAGCAAGUUUGACAACCUCUAUGGCUGCCGGGAAUCCCUCAUAGAUGGCAUCAAACGGGCCACAGAUGUGAUGAUUGCAGGCAAGGUUGCAGUUGUCGCAGGCUAUGGCGAUGUGGGCAAGGGUUGUGCCCAGGCCCUACGGGGUUUUGGAGCCCGUGUCAUCAUCACUGAGAUCGACCCCAUCAAUGCACUGCAGGCUGCCAUGGAGGGCUAUGAGGUAACUACCAUGGACGAGGCCUGUCAGGAGGGCAACAUCUUUGUCACCACCACGGGCUGUGUGGACAUUAUCCUUGGUCGGCACUUCGAACAGAUGAAGGAUGAUGCUAUCGUGUGUAACAUUGGACACUUUGAUGUGGAGAUUGAUGUGAAGUGGCUUAAUGAGAAUGCUGUGGAGAAGGUGAACAUCAAACCCCAGGUAGACCGCUAUCGACUGAAGAACGGGCACCGCAUCAUCCUGCUGGCUGAAGGGCGGCUAGUCAACCUCGGUUGUGCCAUGGGUCACCCCAGCUUUGUGAUGAGCAACUCCUUCACCAACCAGGUGUUGGCACAGAUUGAGCUGUGGACCCAUGCAGAGAAGUACCCUGUUGGGGUUCACUUUCUGCCCAAGAAGCUGGAUGAAGCAGUGGCUGCGGCACACCUGGGCAAACUGAAUGUGAAGCUGACCAAGCUGACUGACAAGCAGGCCAAGUACCUGGGCCUACCCUCUGACGGCCCAUUCAAGGCUGACCACUACCGCUACUGAGAGAGACAACCAUCCUUCACCUCCAGCGGCCGUCUUUGUCCAGGCCACACUUCUUCCCAGGAGCAAAUGGCACCAACUCUACAAUUGCUUUCCAGUGUCCUCCAUAUGGGGCCCCCUGGGGCUGGUCAGCCUUCAUACUGUUCCAAGUGUGGCUGGAGGAAUUGAGGGGUCCCAGUAAGAUAGAGGUAUGAAACAGAUCUCUGGGGAACCAUGAGCUCGGGAAUCUUUGAAGUGCUCAGUCAGUCCUGCCCUAGGCUGGAAGAUGGUAGUGGUGGUCACAAAGGCCAUGCACACUGCCAUCCAGGCCUUUCUCUGGCCUAUGGACUUAGACCUGUGUGCUUGGUUUACAGGUUUACUUAUUUCUCAGCCCAUGAUAGAUGAGAAGAAGCUCUAUCAGAGAGCAAAGAAAAACUCUGGGAGUUUAAAUGUUCCUGAAAGUGUGAAUUAUUUAGUGCUGGGGCUUCUUGUAAAUCUCAGAAUAUUGAAGUUGAUCCUUUUAGUAUCUGUUUCACGGGGAUUAGAAUAGACUAUUCAGGAAUAAUCAAGAAGGGACAGAGCGGUGAUAGCCAGAGGUUGACAGGGGCCACAGUAACAUAAAAAGCAGGCAUAGAUUUGCCAUCACAUUGUAAAAAAUAGUUCCUGCCAUAACCCUGGGUCAAAAAAAUUAAUUUGGUUUAUAAUGUUUAUAUAAUCUUUAGAGUGUUAUAGCAGAAAGGUGGGUUAAUAAAAUUUUUGGUGCCUAAAAGAA